UGAGCAUUAAAUGGAGUUAAAGUUCUGGUGCUGAGCGGAUGUUUAUUUCGCUCCGUUAUCAGUGCGAAACAGCCGACCUCAAAGCUAUCUUUAUAGCCAAACUGCCUUAAAAUUGCGGCUUCGGAUAGGAAAAUUGUGUGCUACUAUGGUAGCUGGGCAGUGUAUAGACGUGGAGAUGGGGCGUUUAAGGUAGAUGACAUAGAUCCCCGGCUUUGUACCCACAUCAUCUACUCUUUUGUUGGGAUUGAUCAAACCGGGUCGAUAAAAAUCUUAGACCGCCGGAAUGACGUUGAUAAUGGAGGUUUUCGGCGUUUUAACCAGUUGAAAUCAAAAAAUCGUCAGCUGAAAACGCUCAUAGCGGUAGGCGGUUGGAACGAAGGAUCAGAAAGAUUUUCCAAAAUGGCUGAAAACCCUGCCUUAAGAAGUAAUUUUAUCAAGAGUGCCAUGAAUCUGAUGAAUACAUAUGGUUUCGAUGGUUUUGAUAUCGAUUGGGAAUAUCCAGCGCAAAGAGGUGGUACUCCUCGCGAUAAGGCUAAUUUGGUAACUGUGGUCAAAGAAUUCCGAAAGGCUGUCGGUAAUCGGUAUCUACUUUCUAUUGCAACUGGUGCUACUGCGAAUUUCAUUGCAUCGUCAUACGAUGUACCCUCGCUAUCCAAAUAUCUAGAUUUUAUCAACGUUAUGACAUAUGAUCUGCAUGGAUCGUGGGACCAAGUCACUGGUGCCAAUGCACCUCUGAUUGCCGCCUCUGGGUCUUCUGUGUCUAAAUGCAUCGAAGCGUGGAUUUCAAACGGCGCAUCGCCGGCCAAACUGAUCAUGGGUAUUCCCGUUUAUGGGCGAACUUUUACGCUUUCAAACCCACAAGUUCACGGGAUGGGUGCACCAGCUCCCCAACCAGGACUAGCUGGUCCAUUUACAGUAGAAGCUGGUAUGCUAGGUUACAACGAAGUGUGCCUGGAAUUAAAAACAAACCAAUGGAAUAUCGUAUGGUAUGAUGCACAAAAAAUUCCGUACGCGUACAAAGGAAAUCAGUGGAUUAGUUAUGACAAUCAACGAUCAGUUAGUAGUAAGGUGGAAUAUGUCAAACAACACAAAUUAGGAGGAGCUAUGAUUUGGUCUAUUGACACCGACGAUUUCCGAGGAAAAUGUGGGAAAAAGUACCCGAUUCUUACCACAAUUAAGAAUGGAUUGUAGCAACGUGACUGGUGGAGAUUCGAGGAAUUAAACACAAUCAUAAUUUUGUACAAUUUUUAAAUUGUU